AAACAGUGUUCAGUUGAGUAUACGUCUGAGAGAGACCCAUUUGUGUGGUGUGGUUGAAUUAUUGAAUAAUAUUAAGUGUUUUUAUAUUUCUACGAUCAUGGCUGCUCAAGAAUUUCCGUGGGAAAUUAAAAAUGUUACUGAAGAUGAAGACAAAACCAUAAAAAAAUAUUAUAAAGACUACGUGAGGCCCUUUAUUCGAGUCGGUCCGAAGGGGUACAUUGCAAAUGCAGGUUACGGAGACCACGCUGCUGAAAUCUACAAUCUGGAAGUCAGACCUGAUGAUAUAUGGGUCACCACGUUCUCUAGAUCAGGCACCACCUGGUUGCAGGAGCUAGUCUGGCUGGUUGCUAACAACCUGGACUUCGAAACCGCGAGGGCUGUGCCUCUUAGCAAGAGAUUUGCGUAUAUUGAGUACCCUACUCAAAGAGCCGAAACACGAGAGGAGUCAACACCGACAAACCCGAAUGCUCCCCGAGCGACAUUCGAGGACUUUCGAAGUUUGCCGAGCGUGACGUCACCGCGUUAUGUCAAAUCUCACCUGCCACUGUCACUUUUGCCGCCUAAAUUGCUAGAAACUGCCAAGGUGUUCUACAUAGCUCGAGACCCUCGGGACGUGGCUGUGUCAUAUCACUUCGCUCAUAAGCUGUUCAGAUACUUCGAUGACAAUGUCGAAUUCAAGGAGUUUUGGGACCUGUUCAAGCAAGACUUGAUAAUGCACACACCUAUAUUCCCGCAUGUGGAAGAGGCCUGGCAGAAACGGGACCAUCCCAAUAUGAUGUUCUUGUUCUAUGAAGAGAUGCAGAAUGACUUGCGCAACAUCAUAGAAAGGGUUUGCAAGUUCCUUGAUAAGGAGUAUUCAGAGGAGCAGCAAUUAUUACUAGCGGAGUAUCUGAACUUCAACAAUAUGAAGCAGAAGACUAUGGUCAGCAAGACCAAUGAGGAUGGCAGUGAGGUCACUUUCUUUAGGAAAGGGAAAGCCGGAGGCUGGGUCAACUACUUCGAUGAAGAAAUGACGAAGGAGUCUGAAGAAUGGUUGGAGAACUAUUUGAAAACCACUGAUCUACGUUAUCCUAAAGCAAUAAAGUGAAAUGUUGUAACGUUUAA